AAACUGGCGGUGGUGGAGCGUCUGCUGAGGUCCUUUCAGACGAUGGACUCCUGUCUCUCUUAGUCUGUGAUAGACCUUCCUUGGAUACCUCCCUGCACUACAGAAUAAAAAGCCCGACAGCCUUACCAUUUGUGUCCUUCAUCAAACUAAGGUAUGUUUGAAGAUUUGGCUGAAAGACACGGUCCAUCAAAGAAAACAAUAGUGUUCAUUGUCUACGUAUCUCUGUUCUUGGAUAAUACUCUCCUUACCGUAGUUGUGCCUAUUAUUCCGGAUUACUUAUUUCAUAUCGAAAAUCCAUACAGCGAUGUUCUCACAAACAUUUCACGGACGACUACUACGAACGUCAAUGAAAUUGCCAAAAAAGCAUUGGUGGAGAUGGAAAAGGACCUAAGGGCGGAAAAUGGUCAAGUCGGUCUGCUCUUAUCUUCGAAAGCCCUCUUACAGCUGAUCAUGAACCCAAUCGUAGGAGUCUUAUCACCCAGGCUAGGAGUGCAUCUGUCUCUUUUCAUAGGCUCGGUCAGUCUCUUGGUCGCAGCUCUGAUAUUUGCUUUGGGCGAAAGCUUCAUCGAGCUACUGAUCGGUCGUAGCCUACAAGGAAUAGCGUCCGCGUGUAUCGGUGUAGCAGGGAUGUCCCUGGUGGCGCAGGAGUACCCGGAGGACAAGGAGCGGAGUCACGUGAUGGGGAUCGUCUUGGGGAGCGUGGCGUUGGGGGUCCUCCUCGGCUACCCCCUCGGGGGGCUCCUCUACGACAUCUCAGGCAAGAGCACCCCCUUCUUCGUAGUCGCCUUCGCCGUCCUCUGCGAUCUUGGUUUGCAAGUACAUUAUCUCAAUUUUGAAUCGAAAUUUGAGCCAAGCGUGGGUGUAUGGGGCUGGUCGCACAUGCUCUCUCACAGACUGGUGGUCCUCAUAUCAGGAGCCCUGCUCUUUUCUACUGUUGCCAUGGCCGUCCUUGAGCCGUGCCUCCCUCUCUGGCUCAUGAGUCAUAUCAAACCUAAGAAAUGGCAGCUGGGUCUGGUUUUCAUCCCGGACAGCGUAGGGUACCUGAUCAGUACGAAUUUUUUCGGCCCUCUGGCUUACAAAGUUGGCCGCUGGCAGGUGGUCGUCAUUUCAAUGCUCAUAAUUGGAGUAUCUACGUUCAUGUUACCACAGUCAAAAAGCAUGCUCGCUCUGAUCACCCCCCAUUUUCUGCUGGGCCUGGGGAUAGGGGCCGUCGAUGCUGCUUUGGUGCCUCUCUUGGCCUCGCUAGUGGAUGCCAGUCUUUACAGCUCUGUCUACGCUCUUCAGCAAAUGGCCGUCAGUUUGGCCUACUUCAUAGGACCAAUGAUAGGCGGAGAGCUGGUGCGAGCGAUAGGGUUUCCGUGGCUUCUCCGUGUCGUCGGUCUUUUGAAUAUCCUCUAUUGCUGCCUUAUCGUUUUUUGCGUCAAAAAUAAACGAAUUGAAGAUGAUAUGUUGAGAGUCCAGUGGGUAAAAUAUACGAGCUACAGAACUGCGGAGUCGAGUGAAAACGGGUCAAAUGAAAAUGUUAACCAGAGAGGACCUCCAUUUCAAAGGUUCAUCAAUGGUGACGACAGUGAUUGAUUUGGUUCCGAAAGCCAGAAAAAAAUAUCUGAAAAAAUACCUGAAAAUUGUCCAUUCUUUUGUAAAACUACCCAACGAACGGCGUAGGCCAUGGAACUAUUUUUAGACUAGCUAAGGUACCCUCGAUCAAUAGAGAAACAGAAACACAUAAUGUGAGGAAUAGAAAAAUAUAGCACUUUAUUUUUGAUUAGCACAAGACAAAUUUGUGUUUGAACGAAGUCAAGCGAGUACAUUCAAAUCAAUUAUGUUUAUAGUCGAGUAUUCUAAAAAGAAAUUGUACAAACUUGUGUUUCGCAACAAUGUGAUAAUAAUCAAAAAUAUUCGCACGGUAACAAACGACGGAGCAAUUACUUAAAUUAAUGGAGCUGUAUACAAAAAUUCUGUAGGAUUCAGGAAAAGGUAUCAGCAUUAUUUGGGGUCUAAAUUAAUUUUAAAAAGACAAAAUAUCCGUGUAGAAAUGAAAA